GUCCGAUGUUUUAUGUUAUGGACAAGAUGAAGUCGUUGCAAAUUGUUUUAGUGCUAACUGUUUUAAUCUUACAGGUUCUCUCUCAAAAUUAUCAAAUAACAACUAUCGAAACUCCUAUCAAAAUCAAAGAAAUGCUGGAAACGUGAGAAAUUCAGUUGGAAGUUGUCCUGAAAAGGAUGGUCGUUAUCCUACUUCUUCAUGUGAUGGAUAUAUUGAGUGUAAGGAUGGCGUACCAGAAGAAAAGCUUUGCCCUGAUGGUUUACUUUUCAAUCCAGCUACGGGAUACCCUUGCCAAUAUCCAAACGAAGUAGAUUGCGCAGGCAGAACUUCUACUCAGCCACCCCAGCCAACCGAAGAAUGCCCUCAUCAAUUCGGCUAUUAUAAAAUGGGAGACGCAAAUAACUGUGGUCAAUUUAAAAAUUGUGCAGAUGGCCGUGGUUUUAUUUUCGAUUGUCCUGAGGGUCUAGCUUUUAACGAAGAAACGUACAGAUGUGACUGGCCUGAUCAAGUAAAAUCUUGUGAUGCAGAAGCUUAUCUUGGCUUUAGUUGCCCCCCAGCAGCCAAAGGAAUCUUUGGCCAAGAAGAGUACCGCUCCUUCCGAUCCCCCAACGAUUGUCAAAGGUACUUUGUCUGUGUAGAUCACAGACCCCGACUUAAUAAUUGCGGCGAAGGAAGAGCUUUCAAUGAAAUAACGAAUGAAUGCGAUGGUGCUGAAAACGUAACUGGAUGCGCAGGACCUUCUCAGUAUCAAAAAGUUGAACCUACACAACUCAAUUAUGAUCAAAGAUCGAACUACAAAUUUAGAGGUUAAGGAUCUUUGUAAAUUUUGUACAUACCAUAAAUAAAAGUAUUGUUUUAUA